AUGGAAAAAUUUUGCAGCUAUAUAGCUAUUUUCUUGAUCGUUGCAUUUGGAAAUGCAAUUCAUGCUACUGCAGGAGAUCCCGAUAUCCUGAAAGAUUUCUUGGUGCUUCCAAGCCUUGAUCCCAGCACCAUAACAAGGCAAUACUUCACUUUCACAGGCAAAACACCAGCCCUAGUGACCAAAGCAACAAUGAAAGAAUUCCCUGCCCUGGAAGGCCAAGGAGUAUCGGUUUCUGCAAUAAUAUACCCUCCUUCAGGAAUGAACCUUCCACAUGUUCAUCCCAAAGCAUCUGAGCUCCUAAUAGUACUCUUAGGAAGUUUAGAAGUUGGGUUUGUCGACACCACAAACAAGCUCUUUACACAAACUCUUCAGGCUCCUGACAUGUUUAUCGUCCCAAAAGGACUGGUUCAUUUUCAAGUGAACACCAAAACUGAUUCUCCUUCUAUUGCUCUUGGGGUAUUUGGGAGUGCUAAUGCUGGGACUGUCUCGUUGCCUAGUACUGUAUUUGGAAGUGGAAUAAGUGCAGAGAUACUUGCCAAGGCCUUCAAAACUGAUGAGGAGACCAUCUCCAAGCUAAUACAAGCAAAUAAUUAA